AUGUCAGGAUUCGAUCCAGAAGGACCAAUAGGUCAACAGUUGAAGGCUUCAUUAGUCGUUGAAUUAUCAAAUAAAUUUAAUAUUGCUGACGAUGCUGAAGAUGUAUCAGAAUUCAUACUAGUCUUAAUUGGAAGUAACAAGACCGCUAGUGAAAUAUCAUCGGAAGUCAGAGAGCUUGUAGAUAUUCCUAUAGAUGAGGCAUUUGUUAAUACUAUAUUUGCGGAAAUUCAGAGAUUGAUGGCUCAGGGACAAGGUGUGCAACAGCAGCCAGCGUCAGAACAGACACAACCGCCAUCGCAACAACCGGCUGAACAACAACAGGUACCACAGCAAGUGGCACCACCAGCACAGCAGCAAAUGCAGCAACCAACUGAGCAACCAGUACAACAAUCACUGGAAGUCGACCAGCUUGAACAUUCUAUGGAAGAUACACAGGGUCAGCCACAACAACACGAUAUGCCAAUGAAUUUACCUACAGGUCCAAAAGGACUUCAGAACCGUAAUCAGUACACCAAUAACAACAGGGUCAAUAAUCGUGGUGGUAUCAACAAGAAUACCAAUAAUAGAAACGGUCCUAAGAAAUCAUUUGCCAUGCAGAAUCCUGGUAAUUUUGAAAAGGUUUUGGCAAUGAGUAAUUCGAAUGUCACGAACUUGAAGCAAUUCAUCCAGAAACCAGCAAAGGGGCGUUGCAGAAAUUUCCCAUACUGUAAUAAUAAAGAGUGUCAGUUUUCGCAUCCUACCAAGUUAUGUUUUGCAUUUCCAAAUUGUUCUAAUCCACCAGGAACUUGUAACUAUUUACAUCCAGGCGAAGAUGACGAUUUAAUGGCAAAGUUGGCCAAAUCAAAGCAAGAAUACAUGGAAAAGAAGAAGAAUACUGAAAGCGCAGGUACGAUUGGUAUUUGUAAAUUUGGUAUGCUAUGUUCGAAAGAUAUUUGUCCAUUCGGUCAUCCAACUCCGGCAAACAAAGAAGCUAAGGUUUUAGUUUUACAAUGGUGUCCAGAUGGAAAAACAUGUCAAGAUGUUAAUUGUACAAAGGCCCACCCAUCUCCAAAUUAUCAGGCUCCACAAGCAGAAAUGAAGCCAAAACCUAAACCGGCUCAACCUGAGUUAACCUUGGAACAGUGUAAAUUCGGUCCAUCUUGUACCAAUUUAAAGUGCCCAAGAAGACAUGCUACUACGCCAGUUGUGUGUCGUGAAGGAGCUAACUGUGUUAGAAUCGAUUGUUUCUUUUCUCACCCAAUUGAUGAAGAUUGCAGAUUUGGUAUUAAUUGUACUAACAAGACAUGUAUGUUCAGACACCCAGAAGGUAGAAAUCUUCCUAAUCCAUCAAAUACCUGGUCAAAAGAUUCAGAGAAUGCUACGAAUGAAAGAUCUUUUGCCGUUCCAGAGGAUCAAGUAAUGGAACAAGCUACACAAGAAAGCUAG